CAGCGAUAAUUUCAACUCUCCAUUUUGAAAAAAAGUGAAAUCCUCGGUAGGGGCGUAAAGAAAAUAGUCCAGACUUGGUGCAAGAAGGAGGAAAACUGAGUUUUUAAACUAAAUUAGUUUUGUAUGCUUCGAGUGGGUGUGGAUACACGCUUUUUCUGUCGGUAAAAUGGGAAACUGCCACACCGUUGGACCAAACGAGGCCCUUGUGGUUUCAGGUGGCUGCUGUGGCUCAGAUCAGAAGACAUAUGUUGUAGGAGGCUGGGCUUGGGCCUGGUGGCUCAUCUCUGACAUCCAGAGGAUAACGCUUGAGAUUAUGACCCUGCAGCCCAAGUGUGAGGAUGUAGAGACAGCGGAGGGUGUAGCUAUUACUGUCACUGGGGUGGCUCAGGUGAAGGUGAUGACAGAAAAUGAACUGCUGGGCUAUGCCUGCGAACAGUUCCUGGGGAAAUCAGUUAUGGAGAUCAAGAGUGUCAUCCUGCAGACUCUAGAGGGUCACCUACGUGCCAUCCUUGGUACCCUUACUGUUGAGCAGAUUUACCAAGACAGAGACAAAUUUGCCACCCUGGUGCGUGAGGUGGCAGCACCCGAUGUCGGUCGUAUGGGCAUCGAGAUCCUCAGCUUCACCAUUAAGGAUGUAUAUGAUAAAGUGGAAUACCUGAGCUCAUUGGGUAAAACUCAGACAGCUGCAGUACAGAGGGAUGCAGACAUUGGAGUGGCAGAGGCAGAGAGAGAUGCUGGCAUCAGGGAAGCUGAGUGUAAGAAAGAAAUGAUGGAUGUGAAGUUUGUUGCAGACACAAAAAUGGCCGACUCCAAGCGAGAGCUGGAAAUGCAGAAAGCGUCUUUUAACCAGGAAGUGAACACGAAGAAAGCAGAAGCUCAGCUGGCGUAUGAGCUGCAAGCUGCCAAAGAGCAGCAGAAGAUCCGUCUGGAGGAAAUCGAAAUUGAGGUUGUACAGAGGAAGAAGCAGAUCACAAUUGAAGAGAAGGAGAUCAACCGGACUGAAAAGGAGCUCAUUGCCACUGUGAGGAGACCUGCCGAAGCUGAAGCCUACAAGAUGCAGCAGCUGGCUGAAGGACAGAAGAUAAAGAAAGUGCUGACAGCACAGGCAGAGGCUGAGAAGAUUCGCUGUAUCGGUGAGGCAGAAGCUUCUUCCAUUGAAGCAGUGGGGAAGGCUGAGGCUGAAAAGAUGAGAAUGAAAGCUGAAGCUUACCAGCAGUACGGCGAGGCUGCCAAGACCGCUCUGGUCCUGGAGGCUCUGCCCAAGAUUGCUGGUAAAGUGGCUGCACCCCUCUCUAAGACCAAUGAGAUUGUCAUUCUGAGUGGAGAAGGCAGCCGUGUGACUGGAGAGGUGAACCGUCUACUAGCUGAACUCCCUGUCUCUGUCAACGCCCUCACUGGGGUGGAUCUGACUAAGAUCCCUCUGCUCCAGAAGAUGACCAACCCACAGGCCCAGACAGCCAUAUGAUGAAUCAGGCCUGAGACUCGUAACUCUGAAUCUUUUGCUGUGUAUCUGCCUCAAGCAUGAAAACAGUUCAGUCCCUUAUGCAACUGCCUUUGACCAGAAACACUUGACACCAACCAAGAGCUUUUUUAUAUUUUUAAGAAGUUUUUAAUUUUCUAAAGGAAAAAACAAAACAAAACAGGGGCCUUACUCCAGAAGGACCAGACUGUAUGUAUCCUAUGUUGUUUUUAGUUUUUGUUGUAGAAACAUUUAACUUUAUCAUACUGCACUAGUUAGCCAGAAUUAUAUGCUGCAAUCUCAGUCAGUCCGACAGGUCAUCCAAAGCAGAGCUGGGUGUUUCUGAGACAAAAGUCAGAGUUGUAGGUGAGGGAAUCAAUCGAGAAAUAUUAAGGACAAAUCCCUGCAUAGCUGUCUAAAUUUCUGCCUGGAGUUUGGAGUGCGCUGCUUUCCUGUCAGGUGUUUUGGAAUUUAAUCACCUUUGGACGUGGAGCAGAGAUGUGCCAGCUCCCUCCUCUUUAUUACACCCUCAUUCUUUCAGUGCUAAGAGCGCCAUUACUGAAGUAGAUAGAUUGCAACUUUUAUGUUCACUUUGCUUUUAAAGUAAAAUUUCUGUUAGAUUAACAAAAUGCACUUAUGGCUCACCUGAUCUUUACUCACUGUGAUUAUAGAAUUGACAGUAUAUCACAAUAUCGGUGACAUUUGAAUCACUUGCAUGAUAAACUUUACCUCGCAGUAGAUUCUCACGUAGCCUGUCUUAUUGUUCUGAUGUGCAGUGCCUGUUCACCACUCAAGUGCCCAAACCUUAGGACAGCGGUUUGGCUUUAGGUUGGAUUAAUGUCCGAGUAUAUCACUGUUAUAGAUGGAUGCUGUUUAAAUAUCGUUCUCCGUUCUCGUAACAUCUGCUCAUGCUAACAGUAGCUUCACUUUUGUCACGUGUUUGGAUACAUAAGCAGAUAUAUAAUUGCUAAACAGUUGCAUAACUAACGCAAAGCCAUACUUAGAAGUGAUGAGCCUUAAAAGAGGCUUUGGAUGCCUUCCAGACUUACUGAACAUUUCUGUAUUACCUCAAGUAGAACAUGGAAGACAUUCAGGGUCUGGGGUUUCAUUUGAUUUGUUACUCCUCUUUCUCCUUCCUCCUCCUGGAUGAACUAUCAGCCCUCCUCCUGUUCACGUGUUUCCUAGACGUUGUUUGAAAUACUGCAGAUUGUGUACAUAUUUUUUUACUUUAUUGAGCAACUCCACACUAAAGCCUGUGGGUGGAAGGUUGACCACACCCAGUCUGCGAUGACAAAGCAGGAAUUUAGGGUUGCACUCGGUCAGAAGUUGGUAAAUGAGCAGGUGAUCAGGCUGUAAACGCUGCACACAGUGUUUGUGCUCAGGUGGCCUUCAGUUUGGUGAAAGUAAUGUGAGAUGGGCGUGAGCAGUCGGAGGUUUCUGUCUGACUUUUUCUGCUGCAACGCGUGAAUCAAAGGAAACUGUCAGAGGCACUCAUUUCUUCAUUUCUGCAUGCAGUCUGUUCCAAUGUCAGUUUGAAUCCGUUCCAAAAUUCACAUGUAGCGGAAACAGCUUUAAUAGAGUUAAAUUUCACACAGACAUAAUCACCACCUGCCCUUUUUAUGCGUCGUAAAAUUGCAGAAUUAUUCAUAAAUGACUAAAGUUAGAGCAUCUUCAAACUCUAACCAAAUACUUGUUUUAUUUUCCCGUCAGAACAGUCAUUUGUCGUUAAAACAAGUCGUGUUCAGUCAUAGUUCAGUGUGACUUGUGGAGUGUAAUUGCAGGUUUCAACCUCUAGAUGGCAGAGCUUUAGCAGGAUUUCAAGUUCUACAAUCUGAAUGAGCCUUUUUUUUGCUCCAUGUUUUUGUAUCAUCCAGUGUGUUGUUUUGCUGCAUCACCCGCCUAGCUUAGGGUGCACAGUUGGCCUGUCCAGUUUAUUUCUUUUUUAUUAUUCAUGUUACACUUCUGUUAUUGUGAACAAUCAUUAACCACUUUUCACAAUCUGUGACCAUAAAUGUUUUGCUUUAUUGUGCCAGUGAUCAUUAUAAAGUUAUUAUCUAGUCACGCAGUUUUCUUGCUUUCUUUCCUGUCAAAUAAACAUGAGUAUUGUAUGGUCUGUGCAGAUUUCAUGCUGUUUAUGUUUAUAAAAUGAAUGUUAUAUUUCCCUCCAACCUCUAAUGUGCUUCUUGUGUUUGUACCCAUCUUACUGUAAAUACAAGAAAAUGAUCAGCCUGUUGAUAAGUUCUUUCAUUCAGAAUAGCCAGUGAUUUUUACAAGUUAUCAACUAAUAGCAGGAAUUUCAAACCUGAUCCCCUUUUCAAACUUUCCACAUCAGUGGGGUCUCUGGUGGGGCACUAAUUUCAGACUUUUAAACCUGGUUGAUCACCUAGAAAAAUUCUCAGAUUUUCUCAAAAGCACGCAUCCAAAUAAUUUAAGGACUAACGAGACGGCUGCAGAAUUGUUUUCAUUUUAUAUUUACGUUGCCUAAGUUUAAAUGUCAGUGAGGUGUUACAUGCAAGUUGCAAAUCAUCAUUUUAUGAUCCACUGAUCGAAGAUUAUUAAGUAGAAAACUGCAAAGCUGACUUCACAAAAUGUGCAAACUGCUAAAUUUACUGAACAAACUUGUCAUACUUUGUAAUACUCCUUUGAUUUGGGGAAGUAGAUUUGUGCACACAGUGCCUUUGUUACAUAAUGAGAUCAUUCAUUCUUCACUGAGCAGAUUGUCUACACACGGAAGUACUGAUGGGAUGUUCUAUUAGAAAUGAGUUUAUAGGAAAGAGACCGACUUUUAGAUUGUGAACUUGAUAAAUAUAUCAGCUGUAAAUGUUCCUCUUUCUACUUUUUCUGUUUCAUGUACUUUAUGACCUUCUGUCCUACAAAAUGUGUAAGGGAACACACACUUAUAAAUGUAAAUGUAGCACUAUAGGAAGCAUUUUGCAGCGUUUCCUUCUGAAUCUGAUCUUAAAAACAAUUUUUUUUUUCAUUAUUUUUGGCCACUGUAUUUGUGCCAAAGAAUUAGCAUCGUCUAAUCAGAUUAGUUGUUGUUACUCCAAGUAGCAUUCGAGAGGAGACUGACCAAACAUCACAGACCUACGCCUUAACUCUUGUCUUCAUCUAAAACAUUGAUUGUCUAUCAUAGAAAUAAUCUGUAAUCUCUAUUAAAAAUGAUAUUGUGGAUUUAUCUUGUGGCUUCUCAUGUAACACUGGCCUUUGGAGAGCUGAUCCAGCAUGGCAUUUUAAGCAUGUGUUCAUGUUAUUCUGUGUUGUGUGCCACCCUCUAAUAAAUGUUAUACCACUGUA